CUUGAGAGGGCCCUCUUUCAUACUCAAGCCUCCAAGAGCCCGUCGCGCAACAUCGUUCAAAUCCCCAAUCCAGUCUCGUCGCCGCCACGGCCCGAAAAGAAGCAGCAUGGACGCUCAGCAGCAGCAGGCUUGCCCGUCGCACGGCCUGCCGACCCCUCCCCUGACCGGCGAGUCGCGCAAACGACGGCGAUCAACUGGGUCUGAUUCCGAUUUAAGCUCAAGCUCCUGCACGCGUUCUCGCUCUCGUUCUAGGGCAGAGGGGAAUGAUGAGAUGAUCUUGGUCCACGAAGAAGAGGGAAGAGAAAGAAACGGACCGAUUCAAGGCGAGCAACGAGUAGCAUCGCCCGCACCGACCAAGGAACAUCUCCCACUUGACGAUGCAAGCACUCAAGUCUGCCAUCCGCUCUUGCACAUGGAAACGAUGGCCGAUUUUCUUCUCCAAGGCCCGCUAGACUCGCCCAACAACCCCUUUGCGCCCGCCCGUGGUGCAGCGCAUAAUCGAGGUCGACGCUCUACAAACUCUCGUUCUCAUCGAUUUCCCAAUGCAGCUUCGCCGCCUGUUCAGGCACCCAUCAUCGAAAAGGGCAAGAUGACGUAUGUCUUCCGAGGACAUCGCAUCAUCUACCCAGAUCCAGAAGGCGGCGAGUCGGACUCAGAAGAGCUCGAUAGCGCGCAGGCACCACCAGGAGAAGCAGCAGCAACCGCCCCUCCCCCCGCUUCCGCGCCUGCUCCUGCUGCGCCUGCGCAUGCGCCGGCACAGAACGCAAGGCGGCGAAAGCCGCUGGACCCGCGUGCCAACAUGCGCUUCAGGCCCAUCCGACUGUUCGAAGCGGAGAUCGAAGCUCUACGCAUGCAGAGAGCGCAGGGAGAAGUGGCGUAUUCAGCAGCGCAGCAGGCACGGGCGGCUCGGUCGGAGACAUGCUUAUGGUCACGAUCAUCGGUCGGGGCCAGGCCAGAAGCAGAAGCAGAAGCUCAGAUGGAGAGACCUACGCAGCUGCAGGGUGGCCAGCAAUUAGACCCAGCACUCUUGCCACCAUGGUCGUUCCUACCUUACGGCCAAUCACGCGCAUCUGCAUCCUCCUGGGGAUCUUCCGCCUUUGUGAAUAGAGCCCGCAGAUCAACAAUUCUGUCAUCUUCGACGGCCCCGCCGCCGGAAAGAUCAUCAUCCACCUCAAUUUCAUCGUCAAUUUCUGCUGGCUGCACGGGCAGCUUCAGCAACUCUAGUGUGGCGAGGCCACCUUGCCCUGGCUUCAACUGCAAGCGACGCAGGCUCAACCUCGACUAUGUCGCUGAAGCUGGACGCGCAUCAUCUGUUCCCUUUGCAUUUGCAGCUGAGCGCGCUAGUAGCCCCGGUACUGCUUGUCAGUCAUUCGAGGAGAACAGUGGGGAAAAAGACCCAUCCGCUGAGACGAGCGACGUCUUUGGGCCGUGCAUCGCCAUCGACAGCGUCCGACCCGCUCGUUUCGGGCCACAGUACUGCAAGCAAAACGGCGCUCAAGACGUUUCUCAGGAGCUUUAUCCUCCCGCAAGAGCAGGGCAACGAUUGAAACAGCAAGAUGCUCAACUGCAGGUGCAUCAGGCGCCGCCCCAUUACCACCACCAGGGCCUGCUGCAAGCCAUGGACAAUGCUCAGUGGGAGUCUGGGUCCAGUGAUGACGACGCGUGAUCCGAGGCUGGAUGAGUAUACCUUAACGACGAGCAUCCCACAUAACGCUCUAACCAUACUUCGUCGAGGUGCUACCAGGUUACAGUAUGAUUGUAUUCACAUUCCAGAUUAUUGAAUGAGACUGGUACUUUGGC